UAAUGUCUCCUGACCAUGACAAUUUUACCCUUAUUAUUUAUUUUUAUUAAUAUUAUGAGUUAGUUUUUUUUUAAGAAUUAAUUUCUGUUGUGAUAUUUAAAAGUUUUUAUUUAGAUCAUUUUAAAUAAAAUAAAAUGUCACCUGUAAUUAUUUAAUUAACAACAAAAAUAUAUAUUAUAUAUUUACAUAUAUAUGUAAUCAUUGUUGGUGAUUUAAAAAUAAUCUUCUGAGAAAGUAUAAAGUCAUAGAAGAAAUUUAACUCCGGCAAAAUGAACUUGCGUAUUAUUGCUGAUACUCUCAGUAUUAUAACAAUAACAAUUUGUUUUAUACUCAAGGUUCCGCAGAUUUUAAAUUUAUUGUCUGUUAAAUCUGCCAAAGGGAUGUCUAUUCUAGGACUGAUGUUAGAACUUACCAGUUACACUGUAACAACUUGUUACAAUUACACUAAUGGCUAUUCAUUGUUGUCGUACUUGGAGUAUCCAAUUAUUUUAAUCCAAGAAUAUAUACUGAUAUAUUUGGUAUUAAAAUAUCUUAAGAAGAUAAAUAAAUUAACAGUAGCAAUUGCUUCAUGCUACUUCAUCCUUAGUACCUGCAUAUUAAUGGGAAUAAUCCCGAGAAUAAUUCUUUCAUUUUUAACUCCGAUGGGUACCCCGAUAUCUGCGUCGAGUAAAAUAGUCCAGCUGCUAGCAAUCAUUAGAUCCAAAAAUUCUGAAUCUGUUUCCAUAUUAACCUGGUUUAUAUCAGCGUUCACAAAUAUGACGAGGAUAUUUACUAUAUGGGUCGACUCUGCUGACGUUUUGUUACUAGGAAAUUUUAUUAUCUCGACAGCACUGAGUCUGAGUGUCAUGCUUUCGGCGAUUUAUUACAAGCCGAGUAAAAAAAGUAUUUAAAUUAAAUAAAUAAUCAUAGGUAUGUUAUUUUAUUUAUUUUUUAAAGUUUAAUAAAUUAUUAUGUAAAUAAUUGAUCGA